UGAACGUGGCGCCAUAUUUACUUUUGAAUGAGGGCCGCGGAUAAAGGAUAUGUGAUGGGAGUGGGGGCAUGAGAGGGAAGGGCAAACUGCUUGUUUACUGUUUUAAGUGGCUGUCGGUGUAAUGGGGAAUGGUCUGGAAAUCUUUUAACUGAGAUGCGUGGCUAAGUAGCAGGUGAUUGAAUCGGUGCACGAGCCCGCAAGGAAUCCGGAAGAAAGCCUUGGGAAUGAGUAUUGCAGUAAACUUGAAAAACCUUCCUUCUCAUCUAAUGGAGUUUUCACAUAAUUAUUUUGAAAGCCAGUGGACGCAAAGAUAAAUGAUGCCCCUGGAACAUGGAAUAAUGCCUUUCAGCUUUCCCAAGACAAAGUCAGCAUUAUGGGAUCCAACACCACUUGGCGAUGCAAUAAGCAUGCAACUUUCCUAUUAUAGAAACCCAAAGUUGCUUGUGGCAGAGAAGACCUUGCGCCUCAUCCAUCGUCAUGCCAAACAGAGUGAAAACAACAACUUCUUCUGUUUUCUCCUUGGGUCAUUUGUAGUGGAUGAUGAUGAGGAAGGUGUUACAGUAACUGUAGAUCGUCUUGAUCCUGGGCGAGAUGUUGCAGGACGUUCAGACAAGAUCCCUACAGCUCUUCUUCCUGGAGAUUUUCUCAUUCCAUGUAUAAUUGAUACUCAAGGACUUGUUUCCAGAGACACCCGUGUCCAUACAUCGGAAGAUUUCAAUGCUGCAUUUAAGAUGCUGUACCACUAUUGCUGUAGCAAGGAAACAGUUGACUCUUCUAGACUCCUUGUGAUGAGAGGUUGCAUUAACUGCAUUGAGAACUUGGAUAACCUGACCCUUGAACUUCAAUGGGCAGCCAUUGCAGUUGCAACCACCUUUGAUGCUACUCCAAUCAAUGCCGUUCCCAUCAUUCCUACAGCUUUGGCAAGGAAUUUAACCAGCCCAUUAAAUAUUUCUCAGGUUCAAGGGACAUACAAAUUUGGGUACCUUACAAUGGAUCAGACGCGCAAGCUUCUAUUAAUACUUGAAUCUGAUCCAAAAGUGCUCACUUUGCCUUUAGUAGGAAUUUGGUUGAGUGGUGCAACCCAUGUACAUAGUCCACAAGUCUGGGCCUGCUGUUUGCGGUAUCUAUUCAGCUCUUCCAUUCAAGAGAGAGUUUUCUCAACUGAGCAGAAAAGUUUUCUUCUAGUUCUGUAUUCACUUACACAUAGGCAGCCAGAGUUCUAUGAAUGCUGCCCUUGCAGUGAGCACCAGAAAUUAGAUUUCCAGCUGCUUACUAGUACAGAAGUGUUAAAUAUUUGCACGAGCACUGAGUCUUCAGCAAAACAGCAAAUUGAAUUUGAACUAAGUGAUGAAAAUAAAAAUCCAGAGAGAGAGUUUUUUAAGGAGGUGGUUAGCAACAUUGUGGAGUCUUCACCUUGGUGUGAAUUGGUUUCAAACAAGAUACCUAUUGGUGACAAUGACUCUGGUGUGGAGGAAGAGGACCUUUCUCCAAGACCAACACCAAGUCCACAUCCUGUUGGCCAAAAGUUUCCAAGAAUCUAUCCUUCUGUACCUGAGCUGUCACUUGUAUUUGAUGGAAGUUUUAUAGAGUCAAAGUUUACUCCAACAAGACUACAACAAAAUAAGCCACAUCAGACAAUGAAAAUCUGUGGAGCACCUGGAACUUUUAACUUGACCAAAGAACCUUCUGAAAAUGGGCAGCAUGGAGUGACAUCUCAAGUUAUAACUCCUCCUUUAAAACAAAAUCUGACGCUCUCACGUGGAUCAGCAGCAUCUGUUAAGGCUCCUAAAGAAAGACCAGCAAAGCAACAUCAGAAAGGUGGCCAUUUUGUCAGGAAGAGUUCUGGAUCAUCAUCAUCAUCUUGUUCUACUCCACCAAGUGGACCUUCACCUGACGCUUCAAUAGACCAACCUAAGUUGGUUAGGUCCACUGAUAUAGUUGAUCCAAUAAAAAAUGUUGGUUUGGGUAAAGGAGGAGUUUCUCCCAGAGGCUGGCAAUCCAUGUCCAACAUAAGACAGCCACAUGGGCCAUCUUCUCCCAACAAAUCCAUUCGACAGUCAUUACAGCACACUCCUAACUUUCCAACUCAUUCUCCUGAAACGCAGCUUUUAGGGCUUCCGCCACAUUUUCAUACACCGUAUCCAACUAGCUGCUGUAAUUACUGCCAACAUCAUGGACCCUGCUGUGGGCCUUCAAUGAAUGCUAAUUGGCAAGGAAAUAUCCCAACAUAUGGCUCUAAAGGGGUCCACUCGCCUAAUUGUCAUGACUGUAGCACCGCAACAUGCCAACAAACACUAGCUUAUUUACCAAAUUCUCACUGUAGUACUUUGUGUGUGAAUAACAGUCCAAUAAACCAGGGUUUACCUGGACAAGUAGGAAGCACUUCACCUCCAAAUAGCAGCUUGAUAAAAUUGCCUGGUGGCUCCCAUAUACCACUACCAAAUCAGUGUAAAAUGUGCACAGUUCCUUCUGCGUGUUUACACUUUCCCAUGGGAAGACUGGAGCAUGACCAAGAAGGAAAUGGAGCAAUGGGAUUGCCUGUUGAUGCUUACAAGAUUCUAGUGGAACAGGAUAGACAACUAAAGCUCCUUCAAGCUCAGAUUCAACAACUUUUGGGCAUGCAGCAAUAUGGUCUUACGACUCCUGUGAAACAUUGCUCUUCAAAAACUAUCGGCAUUUCUAACUCCUCACUGCAGCCAGAAAGACAAGUGGGAUUUGUUGCUAUGGAAACCCAAACAUCUCCUGGAAUUCACAUGAAAAAAAGUGUUAGCAUUGCUGUAAGCACAGGUGCCAGUUUGUUCUGGUGCCCACCUGAGGAACAAGAGGCGCAUCAAUCUGUACCCAACCAAAAGCUGAAUGACUCUGAAUUAUCCAAUGAAGAAAUGGCUCUCUCUCUUAAAACUGAAGACACCAGUCACACCAGUAUUGCCUCUUCUCUGAAUGAAGUGGACUUACACAGCUUUGUGGAGAACAGCCAGGGUACAACAGAUACUUCUGAUCAAGCUAAUGUUGUACAAAACUGUUCACCUGAACAUACAAAAAACUGCUGGGACCUUCAUAUCACUUUUCAGAGUCCAGUGCUUGGGGAGAGUGCAAGUACGUACCUGCAAAGUAGCCCAUCAGAUGUAUCGCAUCCUAUGGGCGAUAAAGAAACUGAAAAAAGUGGUGGACAUAUCACAGAAUCACAUAGCAACUCCUCAUUACAAGAUGAGCAAAGGUUUUACCAGAAUUUAAUGGGCCAAGUGAACCAGCUAUUAGAAUCUUACCCUGCAAAACAAACCCAGGGAGCAGAGAAUAAAGAUGCUGAAUCAGAAGCCUCUGUGCAGCUCAGUGACAAUAGGAACAAGCGUUCUGAACACCAGACUAGUCAAAAGGAAAACAAUGAUGUGCUGAGUGCAACCCUGCGGCAACUGAAGAAAAUGGGAGUGAAAAUUGAACUUGAACCUACCAGUAUGACCAAGACCAAAAGCAAAGUUGAAAAUGCAAGUACAUUGGCUCGCAUAAACCCUGAAGCAGUUAUCCCAAGGUUGAACUACAUGUCCUUUGUCAAUGUUGGCACAAGUGGACUUGGGGCUGGCGGAGUUGACCUCAGUAUGGAGGCCAAUGCUAUAGCUCUAAAGUAUCUGAAUGAUGCUCAGCUCUCCCAGAUGUCUCUCAGACAUAGUGGUAACUGUGAAUCAACAUCCCUAAAUAGUCUGCUAGAAUUGAACACAGACAGAAGCAUGGUAGGCCUAAGUCUGAUUUCACCCAAUAAUAUGUCAUUUGCCACACGCAAAUACAUGAGAAGAUAUGGACUCAUGGAGGAUGCCCACAGCAGUGAAGAGGAGGAAGAUUUGUCUGGUACUAUCAUGCAGCCCAUAAAAGCUGAUUUGGAAAGCCUUUCUGUGGGAAAACAAAGGUCUGAAAAAGUGGCUGAAGUCCAGAUUAAGAACUAUUGUACCUUGGAGUCUUCCUCCAAGAGAGAUGGAAACAUUCUAAGAAAUAUUACUAAUGAAGUUGCUUCCUCAAAACCACAGACUAUGGAUACACAGGACCAAAAUAAUCCAAAACACAAAAUUAAUAUGUUUGGUAAAGAAAUCUGUUACACCCAACACCCUGAAAAGGAAAAUGGGAUUGAAAUAAUUCAGGACUUUUCCAAGAAAUUAAGGCCAAAUGCUUCUGAGAAACAAAAGUUUACAAAAAGCAGUGAUGCAGUGGGUAACAUUCUGGAUGUAAAUAGACUCCGACAACUACCCAAAUUGUUUUAACUAACUGGACUGUUUGUAACUCUGAUCUAAAAGCCAAGAAUUCCCCAAGAUAUGUAUAAGCUUUUUUGUAGGCACCAUUUUUUUGUACAAAUAUGCUUAAGUUUAAUAUUCUAUUGUAUUCUAGUGUAGGUCGGUUUAAAUAUUCAACACUUAGCAAAGGGCUAAAAAAAUAUACAAUGGCAAUAUCACGGGUCAUCAACUGGCAACUCCAAACCAGCUGGAAGUCCUUUGUAAAUGUUCUUUACAGCUAAUGCUAUAGCUUGUUCAUAUAAGUUGACUUUUUUUGUUCACUUGUAGAAAUUUCUGUAGUAUGGCUGUCUUGGGAUUAUAAUCGGUGGGUAAAUAUAGUUAUGUGUGGCUUUAUACUGGCUCUGGUCAGUAAUUAGCAAUCAAAUGAAAGACUGGCACUUCAUAUUUAGAAGUGAGUUUGUUUGCUCAGUAGUUACUCUCACAUUCUUAAUAGCCACUUUUGUUCUCUAUUGUGACCAGUGGAGAAGUGAUUAGUCUACUUUUUGAGGUGCAUGCUUCCAAAAUUUCAUGAAAUGCUAUCAUUUCUUGCUCUCAGUACAUUUUAACAGAGUUUUCAGGCGUUGCUGGAUUGAAGGCUAGAAAAUCAUAUUUACAAAACUCUGAAGUAUCAGAGCUUGCUAAUGUAAUACAAAUAUUAAUCCAUAAAGGGAAGGGUUUGAUGAGUUGAUAUCUAGACAGUUAUGAAUGGAAUAUGUUUCAAGUAGGAAAAUUGAUGCCAGCUAAUAAAAAUGGCAUUAAUGGAGCAGUGCAGAAAAUUGUGGUGUUGAUUGUUCAUUUUCUCCUAAGUACUGUGCUCUUCUCCACUAAUUGAAAGUUGCCAAUGAUUGUAUUCUUGAUAUUUUUGGCUAACACCUUGUAGCUAAAGUUUACAGGAAUUCAGGGAUAUUUGUGUGUAUUUUUAACAUUCCUGUGUGAAGUGUUUAUCAAUGUUUCCAUUUGAGAUGUGUUUUUGAUCAGAUUGUCAUACAGAGCCAUUGGAUUAAUUCUUAUCUUUGUGAUUUCUGCACAAUUAUUUUUGCUGAUUAUUCAAUCACUGGAUUUUUGCGAACAAUUUAUAAAUAAAACAUAUGCAAAAUUUC